CCCUGACGUGUCCGUUACGUACGCUUUAUCAAGCGUCUUCCCGCUCGGCAGCCUCCCAUUCUCUCUGCUCCUCGGCGUUAGCUGUUGUUUCGGCUGUUCUAUUUUUUAAUUUCCAGGAGCUAAAUUCACUGCCAUGUCCUCUGAAGAAGGGAAGCUUUUCGUGGGAGGGCUCAAUUUCAACACCGAUGAGCAGGCUUUGGAAGACCACUUCAGCAGCUUCGGUCCUAUCUCUGAGGUGGUCGUUGUCAAAGAUCGGGAGACUCAGCGAUCCCGGGGUUUUGGCUUUAUCACCUUUACCAAUCCAGAACAUGCCUCAGAUGCCAUGCGAGCCAUGAAUGGAGAGUCCCUGGAUGGCCGCCAGAUCCGGGUGGAUCACGCGGGCAAGUCGGCCCGGGGAACCAGAGGGGGUGCCUUUGGUGCCCAUGGGCGUGGCCGCAGCUACUCUAGAGGUGGUGGGGACCAGGGCUAUGGGAGCAGCAGGUAUGACAGUCGGCCUGGAGGAUAUGGAUAUGGAUAUGGAAGGUCCAGAGACUAUAGCGGCAGAAGCCAGGGUGGUUAUGACCGCUACUCUGGAGGGAAUUACAGAGACAAUUACGACAACUAAGAUGAGGCAUGCACAUGUAAUGUAGAUACACAAGGAAUAAAAAUUCUUCUGAUCCAGGAUCGUCCUUCCAAAUGGCUGUAUUUAUAAAAGAUUUUUGGAACUGCACUGAAACAUCUUUUGUUUUAGUACAUCAACUUCUAUUUUUGAAUUGAGCUCCCAGGGUAGCCUGUUCAAGACCUUUUAGUAAACUCCAUAUGUUUUUUAAACUUUUUUCUCAUUUAAAGACAAAUUCUGUGACAUUUGUAGAGUCUCUGGGUAUUUUUCCUUUUACUAUUUUUUUAGUUUGGGCACUCAGGAUUACUCUGGCAAAAAAAAAUAUUAGCCAGACUGAUUUUUUUUUUUUAAAUUAAUAGGAACAUUUAAAAUUUGUACAGUGUUUCUUUAUCAUGGUUAGAAAACAAUUUCCGAACGUACCUACAAGAAAUCUGCAUCAAGAA